AUGAUGGAUACAUUUUUUAGAAGUUUAAUAUUUUUUCUUAUUUUCUUCUGUAGUUUAUUAGAUAUUUGUAAAAGCGAACACGAGAAAAAAAACGCUGACUACAAUGACGUUGGCGAUGAAGGUGGAAUCGAAAUCGCUGGAGAUGAGCUGAAUAACAAUAGCAAUAUAACUGUCUGCACAAGAAGACAAAACAGUAUUAUGCAUGAAAUUCAAACAGCAACACCUAUACAAUUUCCUUUCGUUGUCGCCCUUAUGUCUCAAAGAAAUGAAUAUGUUUGUUCUGGAUCUAUAGUCUCAAAUGGUAUUAUUCUAACAGCUGCCCAUUGUACGCCAACUGUAAGCUACGCAUUAGUUAAUGCGACAUCUGACAAAAAGGAUGAAACAGUGAUACAAUUACAUGUUAUUAAAACUGAGAAUUUUCCUACCUAUACUGGUGGUGACUCUCCUAAAAAUGUUGGCAUACUCUUUACCGAAAAGCAUAACAACACUAUAGCGUCUAAGAUUCGCUUGAGCAAUGUGACUGAUAGUAAAAACUUGAAUGAAAUGGAAGCUUUAGGAUUUGGCUUAAAUGCUGAGGUGGGACAAUCCAAAACCUUACAAUUUAUUGGAAUAGAAAAACGGUCUAGAAGUGGAGACUUAAUUCAAGGCUUCUUUGAUUGCAUUGACACUAAGAUACCAACAUGCUUUCGUGAUGCCGGAGGGCCUGUUAUAUUUGAUAAUGAACUUAUUGGUGUCAUUACCAAAGGCCAAAACGAAUGCACGAAAGAAAUUACUUCAUCGUAUGCCAUUAAUAAACAUGUCGUCGAUGUCUUACCUAUAUAUACCUUUAAAGCAUGGUUGGAUGAACAGAUUGUGAAAAGCCAGGAACAAGCAAAAGAACCGUUGGAAGUAUAUCCUUCAAAGCCCAUUUUCCGAGAAGCAGUACACGUCAUGACUAGCACUGGGAAUGUAUUUAGUUUCUGCUCGUCCGCAUUCGCUGUAUUUCAGAUACUAUUUAUUUCUCUAUCAUUUUAUUGA